GAGAGGUGUCUGAGAGGCAGACGCCGGUGUGUCUACCUCCGCUUCGCGCCCCGCCCCCGCCGCCGCUGCCGCCGCCUCCGCCUCCCCCUGCUUCUCCUCCCUAUCUCCCGCUAUCGCCGCCGCCCCUCCCCGGCCUCGGGAGCGGCCGCGGUGCCGCCGCCCAGACCGUGUCGCGCGGGAGGCGGGAUCCGCACGAAGUAAAUCAUAAUGAGUUAUGCAGAAAAACCCGAUGAAAUAACCAAAGAUGAAUGGAUGGAAAAGCUCAAUAAUUUACAUGUUCAACGAGCAGACAUGAACCGUCUCAUCAUGAACUACCUAGUCACAGAGGGCUUUAAGGAAGCAGCAGAGAAGUUUCGAAUGGAGUCUGGGAUCGAACCAAGUGUGGACCUAGAAACACUUGAUGAGCGAAUCAAGAUUCGGGAGAUGAUUCUGAAGGGUCAGAUCCAGGAGGCCAUUGCCCUGAUCAACAGCCUCCACCCAGAGCUCCUGGACACAAACCGAUAUCUUUACUUCCACCUUCAGCAACAGCACUUGAUUGAGCUCAUCCGUCAACGUGAGACAGAAGCAGCUUUGGAGUUCGCCCAGACGCAGCUGGCAGAGCAGGGUGAGGAGAGCAGAGAGUGCCUCACAGAAAUGGAGCGCACGUUGGCCUUGUUGGCCUUCGACAGUCCUGAGGAGUCACCUUUUGGGGACCUUCUCCACAUGAUGCAGAGGCAAAAGGUGUGGAGUGAAGUCAACCAGGCUGUUCUGGAUUAUGAAAAUCGAGAGUCCACACCCAAGCUGGCAAAAUUACUGAAACUGCUACUUUGGGCUCAGAAUGAGCUAGACCAGAAGAAAGUAAAAUAUCCCAAAAUGACAGACCUCAGCAAAGGUGUGAUUGAGGAGCCCAAGUAGAGCCUGUGCACAGACCCAGCACUGUCAACCAGCACAGGACUCAUUCAUUCACUUCUGGCUGUGACUGGCAGAUUUGUCACUGCAGUAGAGAACCUUUCCCCCUGUAAUUUUCUUUGGCCCUUAUUGUUUAAAAAGGGGAAAUGGCCUUUUUAAACACUGGCAAACCCAUGAUGGAAGACACCACCUCUGCCUUGCCCUGCAUCCCGAGGGUUGCACACUGCAGUUGACUCUCCCAGUGCUUCCGGUGUUGCUGACUCUAGAAGAUCUGGUUUGCCAGAUGUGUGCUGCACUGCUAGGGAGUGUCACUCCAGCCGGUGGCUCAGGCUCAGUCUGUGAAGAGCGCUGACAUCCGUUUGCUUCUGCUAGUGUGCAGGCAGGCAGUGUUUAUUCUCCUAGGUCUUCACAGGCUUUCCUUACCCGUUUUCUUCUUUUCUUUCUUCUUCCUCCUCUUUUUGUUCCUUCAUAGGAAAGAAUAUAUAAAUUUGUAAAUCUUAAUUCAAAGAUAA